AGACCUCUCUUUCAUCCUGCAGCACUCAAGAGGCAACGUGCGUUCCAGGUAGUGUAUAUUUCAGUGGCCGAAAUGGGCAACUCGAUCGUGCAACGUGCCUGAUAUAAAGAAAAAAAAAACAAUAUCGGAAGCUGAUACUGUGUACUUUUACACGUAUCAAAAUAUCGACGUAUGGAAAGUAGUUCGGUGAUACAUUAGUUAUUUCAACGAAGAAAAAGAAGAAAACUGCCAAGACGGACACACGUGCGUGCUCAUUGUAAAUAGGAAACAGAUUCCGACGAACGCUUUAUGUUACGAGGAUGGCGAAACUCAAUGCAUAUUACACAUUAUGCCCACUCAUCGACCAGCAGAAUCUGCUGGGUGUCGAGCAGGACAAGGAAUCAGGCUGGGCGAUAGUAACACUUGGCAGGAACAUAGUGAUACGAUAUAAGCUACAAGACCUGAAACAAAGCAGAAGCUGGUCCAGCAAGGAUAAAUUGACAUCGCAGGUGAUUUACGAUAAGUCGAAUCAGUGUUAUGCAGCUGCCUUUAAAGAGAAAAAGAUACGGGUCUGGUCGGAGGAGGAGGUAGAUUUGAAUAAUGUGAAGGGAUACAAAUUUCGAUUCCCGUUGCACGCUAUUCUCACGCAUGACGAGCUACCACCAGUUCUAGUCCAGCAAAACGGAGCUACAGCCUCUUUGAAGUGGGCGAUCGCAAAUAGAAAAUCUUGGGCCAGCAAGGGUAUACUGAGGACCAAAGAGAAACUGUUGCACUGUCAAUUGAUACAUUUGAACAAGAGAACAAGUCUUUACUGCUUGACAAAGAUAGAAGAAACGUACAAUUGUUUAGUUGUCAAAUUGACGGAUGAUACUUGUUUGGAAAAGGCAAAUACCAUGAACAGAUUCGAACUGAAACGAGAAUCGGAGGAUCUAGUGGGACAUACGGUGAUACAAAACAAAAAUACUGCUUAUCUAUUAACUUUAUGGUCACAUGGUAGAUUGUACAGUCAUGUUCUGACGGGAACGUCUUCCGAUCCGGGAGCCAGCACGUUAAUCAGUGUAAUUACCAAUAUUAACACGAAAUAUCCUGCGGUAAUGACACACUUGAACGAGACGACUAUAGCGGUUUACGGUGCCGACAUUACGGACGAAGGUGCGAUACUCAUGAUAUAUAAUGUACAGCACAAAUUGGCGCAGGCGGUGCAGAAGCUUAAGCUUUACACAAACGACGCUAAACUCUGGAAGGUGGAGGAUAAAUUAUUAUUAGCGGCGAAUAGGCAUUUGGCUAUCGCGCCGUAUCGUCUCGCGCCACAAAGAAUGGCUGCUACGAUGAGCUCGUCCUUGUGCUUCGAGAAUCACGAUAACGAUAAUGACACGGACGACAUCAUGGUGAUACAGGAGAUGACAAAGAGUCAAUGGAACAAGAAGCAAUCGCACGUCAGCAAAAGCAUGUCGACAGAUCGAUCAUCUUCGAUGCCUCAAUUACCAAAAAUCACGAAACAAAACUUCACUUAUAAGACCGAAGGAUGGAGCGACACCACGAUGCAAGAGAUACUGAUUCCGUCUUUUAUGGAGUCCGGCGACGUCACGUCAAUUUACUGGUGUCUCAACAGGACCAAAGACUUGCCGGAGAAAUUACUGGUAGAUCUCUUGGCGUUCUUGCUGAGAAGUCCGGACAAGAUGUUUGUACCGUUACAAAACGGCUUGGCUAACAAUGUAUCAACGUCAUCCAACAGUAAUUCGCAUUCGAGGAACGAUUGUCUUGAUAAAGUGUUUAGUAUCACUUAUUCUAGUACUUCUCUAUUGCCACACUUGAGAACCGGUUUAACUUUAGAUGAAGUACUCAGACUGUUAGAGUACUUAAUGGACAAACUGACUGAGCAAGUAGACUCGUUGGACGGUAAUCCGCAAUUGAGCGAGCAACAGUUAUACGAGUGGUCCAAUCUGCUUUAUGAUUCUCACCAUCAGCAUUACGCAAUAUCACAAGACGCACGUGUUCUGGAAGUUUUCAAUCGAUUGAAUUCUGUUUUGGAUCAACACGUGAGUAUCGUAGAAGCUUUACGUAAUCUCGUAUCCUCUUCUCUGUUACAAUUUGUUUUCUUUCCACUAGGUCCAAUUCCUGCAAGAUCUUCAGAACCUGAGGCCUGUGCUGGAAAGGAUAAUCGACGGAAAGUCACCGCAGUCUUCCUCGACAAAGUACAAUAAAUACUAUUCCAUAGAAGAAAUAAAACUUUAUUAAAUUA